AAAAAGCCUAGCCAUUGGCCUCUUCAGUCUCGUCACCACUCACUGCUCUGUUAUAACCUAUUUUCCGUUACUCUCACCGUUGCGAACCUUAACGGCAUGGAUCCAUUCGGUCCGAACCGAUUCCCGAACCGAAAACUCUCCGCCACGGAACGCUUCCUCGGCGUUCCAUUUCACGCGCCGCCGCACUUCUCAAACUCCGCCGCCUCCUCCAACGACGAGCUCCUCGAGGACGACGUCGUUUUCUUCGGCGGCGACUACGGCGCCGAACACAACCACCACAGCGCCUCCACUCCUUCCUCUUCCUUGUCAUUGUCUUCCUCCGCCACUCCGAACAACAACCUCCACAACCAUUCCCACGGCAUCCUCGCCGCGCUCCCCGAGAACGAAACCUCGCACAACCUCCGAAACGUUUCGCAGCACUUCCACAAGGCAUCAAUCUCUUCAAUCUCGUCCGCCUCCUCUUCAUCCUCCUCCUCGCGCGUCAUUCCCGCCAUCCCGCGGCCUCCGCCGCCGGCGCAACCUUCGUCCGUCAUGUUCCACCAGUCUGCGCCGGUGAAAGUCCCAAUCCUGUCGAUGAAGGCGCGGCGGAGAUACCGCGACGUCGAUGACGACGACGAAGACGGCGACGAGGACGACGAAGAGGAGAUGGUGCCUCCGCACGAAUUCGUAGCGAGAAACUCAGCGCAAUCUCCGAUGCUCGCUUAUUCGGUUCUGGAAGGGAUAGGGAGAACGCUGAAAGGGAGGGAUAUGCGUCAGGUUCGAAAUGCCGUUUGGCGCCAAACAGGUUUCCUCGGUUGAUUCACUCAAUUCAAAAUUCUUCGAUUAGGGCUUAAUUUUAACUCAUUGGUUGAAUUCUAUUAUUAUACUGAGUCUGAAUUUGUCCAGAACUCGUGCAUUUCCCUAUCUAACGAAAUUCAUAGGCUUCCCUCA